AUGUCAUCAUUGGUGAAAAAGUCCAAGGAUACCUGCGAUUUAUUGAUCAAGGUUUUGUUGAUUGGAAAUUCAGGGGUUGGGAAAACCCAGAUAUUGUUGAGAUACACGGAAAAUCAAUUUAAAACAUCAUUUCUGAGUACGAUAGGAAUCGAUUUUAAAAUCAAAAAGAUAUCAGUGGAUGAGAAGGUCAUUAAAAUGCAAAUUUGGGACACUGCUGGUCAAGAGCGUUAUUAAACUAUUACUUAAACAUAUUACAAGGGAGCUAUGGGAAUCAUACUAGUUUUCGCCGUGAAUGAUCAGGAAUCCUUUCGUGACAUUGAGAAAUGGAUGAAUCAAAUUAAAUUACAUGCAAGUGACAAUAUCAUAAAAGUAUUAAUAGGAAACAAAACAGAUCUGCCUGACAGAUGCAUCACUUAUGAGGACGCUCUCAAUAUGGCGUAAUAACAUAACAUACCUUACUUCGAAACAAGUGCAAAGGAAGGAACCAACAUUAAUCAGACAUUUUAAUAAAUCGCCAAACUCAUUAAAGACCAAAACGAAAGGCUUCCCCAAUAAUCUGACAAAGCUUUCAACAAGUUAAACCCUGCGAAUCAAGAUUAAUAAAAAUAAGAUGAUUCAGUGUGCUGUUGAUUCAUCUCUAUUGAUUUGUGAUGUCCUAAUUUUUCAAUAUAUUAUUCAUGUUGUGAUUGCGUUAUUAUCAUUUAUAAUACUUCAACUCAAUUUUAAUUUCCUUAA